AUGCGGGAAUACUAUUGUUGCAAGUUCCAGAUUCGUUCAAACGAUAAUGUGAUUCUAUUGGGGGGAAGAUUACUACAAAAAUUUGUGGUAGAUACCUACAUCAAGAUCGAGACUUCACGUUUGCGUUUCUAUGAACUUAACCAAACCAAGAUAAAAGCGGAUUUAUAUCAAGGCAUUGUGGAUUGCGUUAAUGUCGGUGAAGUUCAACCAAGUAGAGUUGGACAACGAGUUGUGUUUCCUGAAAGUUUUAUACGAGGCCCAUGUGACAUGCGGCAACGAUUUUUGGAUGUUAUGGCUUUAGUUCAAGAUGACGGAAAACCCGAUAUAUUCCUUACAAUGACGUGUAAUCCAAAAUGGCCAGAAAUCCUUAAAGAUUUAUUGCCCGGUCAUAUUGCACAAGAUCGACCGGACCUUGUUACAAGAAUUUUUCGUGCCAAAUUAGAGGAUCUCAAGGACCAACUCUUCCACAAGAAGAUCCUCGGCUUUGUCAGGGCAUAUGUUUAUGUCAUCGAGUUUCAGAAGCGUGGAUUUUCACAUGCGCAUUUCCUCACGAUAAUGAGACUUGAUGACAAAAUGACUAAUCCAGAUCAUUACGACAAGAUUGUAUGUGCUGAAAUUCCUGACCCAGCAAAGUAUCCUGAAAUGCACCAGUUGGUUGUCCAACACAUGAUGCAUGGUCCUUGCGGUCAUUUACGACCGUCCAGUCCUUGCAUGCAAUGUGAGUCGAAAAUCAGUCGUUUUAGAUAUCCUAGACAAUUCAACGAUAAAACAUCACAGGCUGAGAACUCAUAUCCGUUAUACCGGAGGAGAAAUAUUGGAAGAGAUGUGAAUGUACGAGGCAAUACACUGGAUAAUAGAUGGAUUGUCCCGUACAACCCAAAAUUGUUAAUGAUGUUCAACUGUCAUAUUAAUGUUGAGGCUUGCUCGAGUAUAACAUCUGUGAAAUAUCUCUUUAAAUAUAUUUACAAGGGUCAUGAUAAACAAAUUAUGCAUAUAGAUCCAAACAAAGGACAAAGUAUUAUUAAUGAGAUUAAAAGGUUUCAAGAUGCGUGUUAUGUAUCCCGCCGAAGGCAAUGUGGCGGAUUUUUAGCUUUGCGCUUUCUCAAAUUCAACCUUAUGUGA